AAUUGGCAAUAUACCUUACUGCCAUAUCAUAAUUGAAACGCUUUCAAGUAGGUUCCUAUAGAAAAGUUCCAAGGAAUACAAUGCUGGGUCCUUAUCAUAUUCAUAACAAACUCCCAUGCAAAUAGUUCCGUGGGAAGCACCUCUAAAAGCUUAGGAAUUCUACGGACUUAAGAAUGCUUGGCAUGUGCAUGUUGAGGUCCUGUAUGCCCAGCUGUCCUCCAAUAGCAUGCCACUCCUUCAGGCGGAAUCAGGCACAACAGGUGGGGACCAUAUAGACUGGGUUAGGGGUGUGGACGAGCAUAGGUGUGGAGGAGCGGCUAGUGUCUUAUCAGUGACUGACCAAACUUUUUAAACGGAAUGGAAGAAACUUUUAACUUAACAUAAAUGUUCAGCCAACAUGCAAUUAGAAACAUUACUAGGAUUUAAGUUUAGGUCACCCAGAAUGGCUUGGGCUCCCCUAGAAUAAAUAUACAAACCGCGUAAGGUGAACGGUACAAAGCACAGUUAGUCACUAUAUCCACUUUUUAGCCAAUACCUUAGUUUUCCUUGUCCCUUCGACCAUAAAUAACAUUAGUUUGGCUCCGUCUCAGAAGGACAGGCGAUGCCCCCUCCCUUCGGAGUAUUUUCUUAAAGGGUAACUGCUAGAUCCAAGGAUCUGUGCGUACAGUGGGCGACUCCUCUUUUCGUUACCAACCAAUCACUAAUCAUAACAUACGCUGGGGGGUGCUCGGAUUGGUUGUCAACGACCAGCGGCCCCGCCCUCUAUACACUCGGGCCCUUGGAUUGCCACAACCCGGUUAAACCUACUUUGCUGAGUCUGAGGAAAAGCGGAACCUUGCCUGCUGUUGUAUAUUGUCAGCUGAGCACAAGCUAGACAUGUUGUUAGCCAUCUUAGUAAACGCGUUUAAACAACAUAGCCUCAACGGCAGGUAUCACCCAUGUGUGAUGUUUAAGUAGUACUAUUUGCACGGACGCAUCAUCUGAUAAAAUGAAAACGGAGCCAAAUUCGAGUUGGGCCUAACCCUUCCAACCCGUGGGAGAGAGCAGCAGUGCCUUCUUCCUUCUCCCCCACCGUCAACCCCUCGUCCCUGAGACUAACCCCCCCCCACACACACACACCCCCCCGGACCUGCGUGCCACUUCCGUAACCAUGACAACGGGGGAAUGCUGUCACCUGCCCGGCUCCCUGUGCGACUGCGCCGGGAACGCCGCCCUGUCCAAGGGCGUGGAGGAGGUGUGCGGCGACGGCCAGGCCGCCCAGUACUUCACACAGGUCACCGCCAAAGAUGGCCGCCUGCCGUCCACCGUCCUCAAACCUCCGGUCUCACAGAGCGACGGACCCAUCUGCCGCAUCUGCCACGAGUGCGGCGCCGGCGAGAGCCUCCUGUCCCCCUGUGACUGCACGGGCACCCUGGGCGCCGUGCACAAGAGCUGCCUGGAGCGCUGGCUCUCCGCCUCCAACACCAGCUACUGCGAGCUCUGCCACACGGAGUUCACCAUCGAGCGCCGGCCCCGCCCCCUCACAGAGUGGCUGCGGGACCCCGGCCCCCGGAACGAGAAGAGGACCCUGUUCUGUGACAUGGUGUGCUUCCUCUUCAUCACACCCCUGGCGGCCAUCUCGGGCUGGCUGUGCCUGAGGGGCGCUCAGGACCACCUUCAGCUGGAGAGCCGGCUGGAGGCGGUGGGCCUCAUCGCCCUCACCAUCGCCCUCUUCACCAUCUACGUCCUCUGGACUCUCGUGUCCUUCCGCUACCACUGCCAGCUUUACUCUGAAUGGAGGAGAACCAAUCAGAAAGUACAACUGCUCCUCCCCGAUGCCAAGGGCUCCCACACUACCCAGCAUUCCCUGGUGUCAACCAAACUAUUGAAGUCUGCAGACGAGAGCAUCGUAUGAGAUUGAGUGGAGAGCACAGGUAAUGUCGCUAUGGUAACGCCUGAGGCUUUUGAGAGGAAUCCCCGAUGGACUUUUAACAAAAAGCACUCGUGGAUACGUGUAAUACUAUUUCAUCGAUUCAUCGAUUCCAUCAGCACUUUUUUUUUGUACAUGCUGUAUUUCAUUGAGUUCAUUGUUGCCCGCAACACUUUCUCUGUCAAACUCUCUGGCCCUUUACUACAGCGUUUGCUGAGGCACUGAAUAAUGCUCACCAACACUUACAGGACUUGCAAACACAAAGAGCCUAGGGCCUGUCUAAUCUAAUUAUUUUCAGUAAUCAACCAUCAAAAAGAUUUCCUUAAAUAUAUGAUGUUUAAAGUUUGUGAUUUGGCCCUUCAUUAGUCUACACAGGAAAAAACAAGGCCACACCAAAACGUCUCUGAUUCAUUCUGAGGGAUAAAACCUUGGUACUUCCCUAAAUCUCAUCGGAAUAUAUCAAUCCCUUUUCUUUGGGAUGAGAAUAUAAAUUCGAAAGGCUUGUAUGUCCAGGCCUCAGAAGGCGUUUCGGAGGCCAGACAAUAAAGCACUGAGCUGGAUGGUUCUCAACGUGAUGUCCUGUUGAAGAGGCGCUUCUAGGCACGGCCUCUCACUCCUACUCACUGGUUUCCGCUAUUAUCUAGUCGUUUUCUAUUUUAUUUAUUAUUUUAUACCAACUAGGGCUGAGAGGAGAAUCCUUCUUGAGCAUUUAUUAUUCUUGCGCAGGCCACCAAAGUGCCACAGCUGUGACACGUUGGUGUCAAAGUGUUUUUAUGUGCUUUCACAGUACUAACAGAGGAAUUAUACACAUCUGACAAGACUGUUGAUUAGCUCCUAUUACGUGUGGCAGCAGUUGCUCAUUGUGUAAAGUGGAUUAUAUUUCUAUGUAAGGGACUUGAUCAAUCCCAACCAGCUCUGUCUGAUUCCAGCACAUAGCCUUCAUCUAUCCAGUCAUUGGAUAUUGUGUUGUAAAAAAGAAAAAAAGAAGAGAUUUUAUAUUAAUUUGCUGCAGUCUGGUGCUAUUUCUCAUUUCUCGAGAACCAGCGGCUUUUGUUUCUGUUGUAGUACUUUCCAUGCGUUGGAUGGAUUUAAAUUCAUUGGUGACCCUCUGUUGGUGUUUAAGCGUUUAAGUUCUUCCUUAUGUGCCGUUCUUCACUUGAUGUCAUGUUUAUUGUAGUGGUUCAUUCUCAUGAGUGUGUCUAUUAUGAAGUGUCCCCUGUAGUUUCCAAAGGAACUCUUGUCCAUGAUGCAGCCAGGCCAAACAUUGAGGUUUAUGCACACUGUUCUUAUGUGGUAUUUUUUAUGUAUAUAAAUAAUAUUUUUCAGUAUUUUAUUGUAAUCAUGCUUGAACAACAUUUUGCUAAAUUGUAGAUAAGUGAGUCUGACAAUUCCAUUUAUGGGAGUGGUUUGCCGUGGUUACUGCCACCUACAAAUGUAUACUUAUGCAACAAUCGUAUAGUAACUAAAUGGGAGAGGCUUCUUAAUGCAAUUAAUGAGUUAAAAUAACAAAUCAAUGUUUUGAGAAAAGAGAAGAGGUAUUUGGAGAAAUGUCUUGACUGUCAGAAAACAUGUGAUUGCUUAUCCCCACUCCUUUGCUUUAUAGUGUUGAUGGUCACUUUAAACUUUUUAAAUUAUUAAAUCAAUACGGUACAAGGGAAUUGGGUAUGAGUGAUAAUAUAUUAAUAAUGAGAUUUUAAAUAGGUAUAACCCCAAAGCACAACACCCUGUUGCACAAACACGGAAACCCAUCCAUAGAUUGAUUCCUGUGUUUGGCCAACGAGGUGAAUGUUGUUGUCAUUCAGAGACGCCCCCAGUGGGGUUCUGUCUGCGUGGUUGGUCUGAGUCAAUCAGCUAUACAUAGACAUCAGUUUACUGUGAUCAGCCACUGGUUAGGGACGCAUCCUAUUAGGACCUUGCAUUGCGACAAUUCAUGCAUCUAUAAAAAGUGCUGUUUGCAGAUUCUCUAUACGGGUUAGCCUAUACGACACUUGAACGUAAAGAUUGUAUAGAGGGCAUCUACUUAUUGUACAACAAGGAGCAGAACACCAAGUUGCUCACACAAGAGAGCUAAACUAAGUCUCUCGUCUGCAGUGGGCUGUGUACACAGGUUGUCUACAAUAUAUGCAAACUACCAUCUCUCAAGGGGCCGUAGACCUGCUUUCUCAUUUCUAUUUCUAUUGCAAUUGGAAAAAAAUAGUCAUGGGUUGUAUUCUGUCCAAAGAACCGUGGAGUCAUGUGUUUUUUAAACACAGUGUGUGGCACUCGGACUCCAACGCUGUGGAGAUAACCAGUAGGAGCAUCCUUUGAAUUUCCAACUAAGAAAUCGGGAUUUCAAAUUAUAAUUUUGUACAUCACAGGGAACAUGUUUUUUUUGUGUGUGAUAUUUGAAUUUGAAUAUUUGUACAUCUGUUUUUAUGGGGGCGGGUGAGUUAUCAAUGUUACCAUUUGUAAUUUAUGUUUGAAAUUAUUCAUGUUAGUAAGUAUUAUGAUGUGCAGUUAAGAGGGAGUUAAGUCUUCACUCAACUACUGUUAUUUGCAAUUCAACAGAGACGUGUUUGCAACGCAAAUAAAAGACAAUGCUUCAUAACGGGAGACAGUACAUGGCUCAUAAUUUCUUUUUCACAAACCACCACUAGUCCACCACACUCCCAUCUGAGUCCUUGCACCAACUCUUUGAGGUGAACAUAGCGUGCCAACAGCGUUGGGUAAACAGAAGUCUCGGCCUCUUCUGUUAAUUUGCACCAUGAGAUGAAGUAAACAUGACCCCCAACAGUUGCAAAUAAGAUAUAUUUGAAUGGUUUCAGUGUGCUGCUGCAACCGUAAAGGCCCCUAUGUUUUAUUUGACAGUGUUACCCCUUAUGGGUUUUUCAUGACGACAGAUAAAAAACAACAGUCUUACCCC